AUGGAAACUCAAAACUUCCUAUUCCAUAUAAAGAAUCCGAAAAUCAAGAACAUACUGACAAACCGACUAACAACUCUUCUAGAAGAAUUAGACGCAGAAGAAACCACACCAGAUGCUAAUAUAAAAGAUAUAAAGACACAUAAAGAUCCAGCAAAAGGUACAGAUGCUGAUACUACAGAGAAAACAGCAGAAGAUGGAACGAAGCAACCGCAAAAUGAUGAGGAUUUACUUCAUCUGACAAUGCAUAAUAUAUUACUACAAGGAAUCAUUGGACACAUGGAUUUGAAUGAUGUAUAUAAACGUGUACACACAUUAAUGUCUAAUAUUAAUUUGCGAGACGGUAAAAAAGAUCAGAAUAUUAAAAUGGAUGAAAUGGAAAACUUACUGACCGGUAACAAAGCAAGUAUAACAAAGUCAGCUAUAGAAGACAAGUUUUUGGAAGAACUAGUCAAUUGCAAUGAACUGCAACAUCAAAUAACCGAAGCUUCCACGCCACAGCCUAAAAUAGAAUCAAGGAAGAACAUUGGAGUCAUCAAAACUCCAAAUGUUAUAAUCAAAACAGUAAUAGAUAUUACUUCAAUAGGCGAUAAAGCCAAAGAAGAAUCUAAAAACCAAAAAGACAACAUAAAAGGCGUUAUUGAACUCGUUUACAACGGAAAGACAAUAAAAUUCACAACACCAGACUCAGAUGCAACUAACUCAAUAAGAAAACAAAAGUCUAACGCAGUCAAACCACAAGUUCUGAAAACUAUAGAAAUACCAAAUACAAAAGAAGAUUCAGAUUACAAGAAAAUACCAAAAUCGUACCUGAAAAACUUCGUAGAAGAAUACUUUAAAAGAUUCCCGCAAGACAAGCAAAUCAGUACUGAAAUUAACGAGAAAUAUGAAACAAAACGGAUGAAACGUCAUAUCAAGAUAAAAUACGAUAAUGAUGACGCAUCAAAGGAAAAAACUAAACAAAAAAAGAAGACUGAGGACGACGAACUCUAUGUUGAAAUUGAAACCCACUUUGACAGCAAAGGAUUGAAAGGAGAAAAGAAAAAAAAACUGAUCAGGAGUCUGAUCGAAAAGAUACAGAACGCUAUACAUUCAGACAUGGAUGGAAAGUUAAUAAGCAAAACAAAUGGUAAUAAGAAGAAAAUAAAACAAUUGCACGUGAGAAAGAGGACACAAAAUCCAUUGGAACACAAAGACCGAGUAUUAGUCAACAAAUAUACUAUACCAAUAAACGAUUUUGAACGACGACAGUCGAACCCAAUCACCAAAACAAUUAAAUUGCAUGAGAGCUCACCUCUGAUUGGUACUAGGUCAGGAGAUGACUGGAGAAAAUCUUACUCUGGUCCCUCAUUUUUAACUGCAAGUAAAUCCAUAAAUUCAGGAGAAAUGAGUGAAGUGGAUCUCGAUUAUAGCAAAGUUUUAGACGUUAAUGGAAUUCCGCAGAGGCUACAGAAACCAUUAAAUACAGAACUUAGUGAAGAAACUGUCAGUACGAAUUCUUAUUACGAUAUAGGAAACAUGAAGUUUUUUAUCAAGGACAUUGAUGGGUCAGGGUUUUCUAUCGGGUUUAACCAGUACGUAGAUGAACCACCCGACCCAGACACAAUGAAACUAUUUACUGGUCUAGAAAACGUUAUUAAGACUUAUCAUCAGAAUUACGAUCCCGCUGAUCCUGUCACAACGGAAGCAGCACCCCUAAUUGAAGAAAAAGCUCAAGAUGCAGACCAACCUAAUAAUGAACACAUCAUAGUCCGGAGGUCUGUUAAUAAAAAGCGAGAUUACCAUUCAAACGAAUACAAAAUAAUAUUCGAUGAUAAUUUUUUACCGUACAAUAAUUACCGCGACAUAUUCGAAUCAAAAAAGUCUGACACGGAUAUUGAAAUAAGCAAGAAUCAAGUCAAAGAUAUGCCCUUAAUCGUCGACGAAAAUGUAUUCGAGAAAAAUCUGAAACCAUCUGAAAUAUUUGGGUUAGCAAAUCUAUUUCAACGCAAAAAGAGAUCAAUCAACGUUAAAAAAAUAUCAAAUUUGAAAAGCAAGAUCAAAUUAAACAGGUAUUUAAAUACAAAAGCGAUGUCUACGAAACGGAUAUUUUUGAACAAGAAGAGGAAUAAACGGCAAGUUAACAAAAUAAGAAUUAUAGCAACGGAUAUGCCUCAUUUAACAAAAAACUCCGAUGAGAAUAUUUUUGUUGUGUCCGACGAAAAUGUAUUCGCUGACAGAGCGAUAGUCAAAGAAGUAGAAACGGCAGAAAUUGAUCACGACAAGCAAGAAGACACAGAAUAUGUGCCUUACCAGCCUGAAGACAACAUGCCAAUACCCGCCAAUUACGUCACAAAAUUGUUUGACGGUAGAUCUAGGCAUAAUCCACUAAUGGCUAAAUAUCCACAUAUAUUCAUGGAAGAAGUGUCAAGAUCUCGAGAAGAAUACAUACCGGAUAACGCUUUACUAUUCGGCAAAAUCCCUGGGAUAGGGAGAAUAGGCCCAAACAUGGAACCGGAAAAGAUAGAAGAGAUUCCGACUCCAGAACCACCGAGCGCUCCGCCACCCAUCCCAACAGCAGCUGACCAGUCAAAGUCACCAAAAGUGCAAGAAAUAGUCAACGCUCUCGCCCCAUCCCCAACGAAAACAAACUACAAGGUCACUGUCAAAAUUAUUCCCAAAAAUUUGACAGGUCUUAACUCGGGCUUCAAAGAAAUACACACCAGUAUAAACAAACGAUUCCAUAAAAAUGGACUUAUGUAUUCUUCGUUAGUUAAUGUAUCAGAAAUAUCUAAAGUAGUUAAACUCAACAGAUCAAAAGACAUGAUAGAUUUCAAACCACCUGACACGGUUGUAGCAAGGAAAAUAAAAGACCAACAAGAUAAAAUGCAAAUAUUACUGAAACAGCACGCGAGGCAUAUCAACGAACAGCUGAGUCGUUUGAACGAAGAGAAAUCGAAUAUUGAAUCGUUUCUUGUUGAUGGAGAUAACGGCACAGAUCGCUUUGAUGAAAUGGACAUACUCCCUCAAGCACAAGCUCCUGUCCUCGCUAAACCAGCGAAAGGAAUUGUAAGCCAACUAGAUAACAUCAAUCAAAUGACAGCUGAUGCUUUCAAAGAGAUGCGAACCACACUAGAGUUAACCGAACCUCCAACUACAACAACAAUGGCAACAACAACAGAAGCCCAGACAUUCUCAGAGAAACUAAAACACAAUAUAAUAACAACGAUAGAAAAGAACGAAAACUUAACUGAUCAAAUACUGAAGAAAAUUGAUAGAAACACGGAGAUUCUACAGGCGUUUCUAAAGAAAUUGACGGAGAAGAUAGAGCAAACACCAAAACCGAAGGAAGAAGAGAGUAAGUCAGAGCAAGUCAACAAAUUCGAAGCGAACACGUUCCCCGAGGAAUGGAGGAACCAAGGGGUACAAUUCAACCAGAAUAUGGUUAUAAGGAAAAACGACUCGCAUAUAUCCAUCCCUUUCGUUUACGCAUACCAGCAGCCAAUCUUAUCCCAUAAGAGAGAACCGCCUGUCGCGAGUGUCGUGUACCACGGUCACAUUCACACAAAUACCAUACACCCCAAAGAUAUACCAAUAUCAGAAGAAAAGGAUAAAGUCACAGCCAUCCAUAAAGUUCCAGAGACAAAUCAAACUAGAUUCUUUAUAGAUGAACUAGAAAAUGAUUACAAAGUCAUUCAACCUUCCGAGCUGGUGUAUAGAAUCCAGGAAGAAAAAGAUGGAUCAUCCAUAAUCAUAACCAGCCCUAAAUUGAAAAAGCCGACUUUAAGAGAGAUAAUAUACUAUCAUAUUAUAGAGAGGCCGUAUACGAAGAAAAACGGGAAGGAGGGUUCAUCGACUGACUAUCAGCCAACCUAUGAAGAAAUUCGAAGAGUAUUCACAAACGGUCCUGGAUUCCAAUAUGGCCGAAUUAAAAAGAAUGACCUCCCAAACGACGGAACCGGUCAGAUUGAUAUACGACACGGUGAUAUGUCGGUUUCAGACCAAGGCAAUAUUAAUUUUCCGCUAGAACGCGCAAGUGAUAAGGACAAUGAGGCGCCGAAAAGACGAAAACGCGAUACUACAAUUGAGACGUCAGCAUUUCAGAGGAAGAAAAGAGAAAGCAAUAUUAUGAGUGGGUUACCGAAUUGGCCGUCAACACUUUACAUGAACAAGCAGCCGGCAUUCACUAAUUUACCAAACGCUAUUGGCGAUGUGAACUUAACCCAGAAUAAGGAUGAGAAUCAAGGCAUGAAAGUCAACGGAUUUCCCGGAUUCAUGCCUUUUGGUAUGGGCUAUACUGGCAAUAGUGGCAGCCUGUGGAACACACAACAAAUGAUCGUACUCAUUACACAAAGAUUUGACCCGGACGUCUAG